AGUCUGCAUGGUACCUGGAAGCCGAAACAUAUUUACAUCAGGAAAUACACACCGAGGGAGCAUACUAUUUAAACUUUCACACACGGAAUCGCGAUCUACCGGAAGAUGACAGACCAAGGAGAAUCGGUUGCCAUGGAAACUGGCAGGGCUGAAUCUGAUUGGCCUGGCAGAUGGACCCACGUCCGGAAAGUUUUGGAGAGGAGCGGCCCGUUUGCACAUCCUGACUUUGAACCGAGUACAGAGAUUCUGGACUUUAUGCUCAACAACUGUAGAAUACUUGUGGUUGGGGCUGGCGGACUCGGCUGUGAGAUUCUGAAAGAUUUGGCUCUGAUGGGAUUCAGGCAAAUUGACGUCAUCGACAUGGACACCAUUGACCUGUCUAACCUCAAUCGGCAGUUUCUAUUCAGACUGAAGGACGUCGGCAAACCAAAGGCCAAUGUUGCAGCUGAUUUCAUCAACCAGAGAAUCCCUGGCUGCAAUGUCACACCGCACUUCAAAAAGAUCCAAGAUUAUGACGACACCUUUUAUAGACAGUUUCACAUCGUGAUCAAUGGCUUGGAUUCCAUUGUUGCCAGGCGCUGGAUGAAUAGUAUGAUGCUGAGCCUGGUGAAUUACGAAGACGGAGCCGUCGAUCCUACGUCCAUCGUUCCCAUGAUCGACGGCGGCACGGAGGGCUUCAAAGGCAAUGCUAGAGUCAUCUUACCAGGAAUGACAGCUUGCGUUGAGUGCACACUCGAGCUCUACCCACCUCAGAUUACUUUUCCCAUGUGUACCAUCGCCCACACACCCAGGCUGCCAGCUCACUGCAUAGAGUAUGUCAAGGUCUUACUCUGGCCUCAAGAGGAACCGUUUGGAAAAGACGUAGCUAUAGAUGGAGAUGACCCCACCCACAUUCAGUGGAUAUUUGAGAAGGCCCAGGAACGGGCUGACCAGUUCAACAUCAUGGGGGUGACAUACAGGCUGACACAAGGCGUUGUGAAGCACAUCAUCCCAGCCGUGGCAUCCACCAAUGCCACGAUAGCCGCGCAGUGUGUCACUGAAGCCUUCAAGAUUGCAUCAAGCUGCUGUGGACCUCUUAAUAACUACAUGGUGUUCAACGACACGGACGGCUUGUACACGUACACUUUUGAAGCGGAGAAAAAGGAAGACUGUGUAGCGUGUAGUCAGGUACCUCAGGUUCUAACUCUGCCCGAAGAUGCCACCCUUCAGAACUUGAUCGACCACCUCACGGAGAGCGCUAGCUUACAAAUGAAGGCACCGGGCAUCACCACCAUCGUGAACGGCAAGAACAAGACGUUAUACAUGCAAAAUCCAGAAGCCAUACGCGUGCGGACUAAAGAAAAUCUGCCCAAGAAACUCACAGAGCUUGGACUUGCAGAGAAACAAGAACUCGUCGUCGCUGACAUCACAGCGCCAAAUGCUCUCAUCUUCUCCCUCUCCUUCAAGUGAGGAGAAAAAAACUCGAGACAAAAAAUCUAUACAGUAUUUAUUUAUACAUUUGAAAGCAUUGUUUUUGUACAUGCAGGUUGUGUCUAAUUUUGUGGUAGCACAAAUAUGAGAGUUUUUAUACUAAAGGAUCGUCAUGGUAUUUGCAGAUUUACUGUUUGAUUGAGCAUGUACAGAGUGAGAAUUAAAACUACGUCAGCCUUGGUCAAGCUACCCGUAGCCAUGCGCUUAAUUUAUAUGCACUCACACGUACUGUACGAAACAGUGACCUCACGUGACCAGGC